CGCCGUGAUCGAUGGCGGAACGCAGAGCUUUUGUACACAACAGGCCUCUCCGCCGAGAGGAGACGCGGCGAAGGCCGGAGCUCCUGCCUCUUCCUUCAGCGGCGCUUCGCACAGCUCCAUGCCUAUAUUAGGUGGGUCGGGCAAGCUGCCCCUCGCGGGCCGGGGCGCCCGGGCUGACCAAUGAGAAGGCUCCCCAAGGGCAGGGUCCCUCCUCCUCGGGGUCCCGCCUCUCUACCUGCCUCCAGACGACAAGCCGAGGCUGGGCGCUUGGCCGGCGCGGCGCCGUUUGGAAGCCGGCGCGCGCGGGGGCACCGGGCGCAGCUCCGCUGCAGCGCCCACCAUGUUCCCGAGCCCUGUGACCAACACGCCUUUCUCGGUCAAGGAUAUUUUGAGCCUGGAGCAGCAUCCCAGCGGCCUGGCGUCCCUGGAGCUCUCGGCCUUGGGCUCGCCCUCCUCCUGCAUGCUGGCCACCUUCAAGCAAGAGUCCUAUCCGAUAGAGGACUCCCCCCUCGCCGAGGCCCCGGCCGGCCUGGCCAAAGGCAGUGGCGGCGCCUUCCCUGGGCCCUUCUUCGCCAAGAGCUACGUAGAAAUAGAACCGACCAAAGAGCCGAAGGAGAGCAAGAAAGAGCUGUGCGUCCUCUCGAAAUCGCUGGAGCAGGAGAAGCGGGACGCCGAAGAGGCGGAGCGGCCCCGGCAGAGGAAGAGGCGGAAACCCCGCGUGCUUUUCUCGCAAGCUCAAGUCUACGAGCUGGAGCGCCGCUUCAAGCAGCAGAAGUACCUCUCGGCCCCGGAGAGGGACCACUUGGCCAACGUGCUGAAGCUCACCUCCACCCAGGUGAAGAUCUGGUUCCAGAACCGCCGCUACAAGUGCAAGAGGCAAAGGCAGGACCAGAGCCUGGAGCUGGUGGGCAGCAUCCCGCCGCCGCGCCGGAUCGCCGUGCCGGUCCUGGUCCGCGACGGGAAGCCCUGCCUGGGCGACUCGUCCCCUUACAGCUCGCCCUACAACGUCAGCCUCAACCCCUAUAGCUACAACGCCUACCCGGCCUACGGCAGCUACGGCAGCGGCGGCGGCGGCACUGGGGCCUGCAACGCCAGCUAUAGCUGCAGCUAUCCGGCCGUGCAGGGCGUCCAGCCUUCGGCCGCCGCCGGCAACUUCAUGAAUUUCAGUGUGGGGGACUUGAACCCGGUGCAGACGCCCAUCCCGCAAGGGAACGGCGGCCUUUCCGCGCUCCAUGGCAUCCGAGCCUGGUAGGCUCUUUCCGCGGCCCCUUCCCGGAGGAAGGGUCAUAGGGCCAGAGGCCU